UCCAAAUUCUCUAGCGUCACUUUUAUAAACUCUCUCUCUCUCUCUCUCUCUCUCUCUCUCUCUCUCAGUCGAUCUCUUUGCUUAAUUAUUGGGCAACGUACAUAGUCGUGGCUGCUCCGAGGUGUCGAAAGCCCAGCGAUCUAGCCAUGUGCAGUCAAGAACAGUGCUCAGUCUCCAAGACCCACAAGCGGAGGUGUCGGUCGGCUUUCACAGCCAUAUACUUCACUAGGGUUCUUCUCUCUUUGUCCAAGAAAGUAAUUGACAAGAAUGGCCCUCUCUUGCGCACCCUCUCUUUCGUUGCCAUUGAUAUGCAGCCACCCGAUCACGAGCAAUAUUCCUCCUUGUUUCUCAACGUUGAUCCCAAAAUAUUAAGUGACAUGGUAAGGGAGAAAGACUUCGACUCUUUGACUCACUUUGGAGGGGUUAAAGAACUCGUUUCAGUUCUUGAAACGGCUGUAAAAGAUGGCAUUAAUGGUAGCCAGGCUGAUGUUAUACGUAGGAAGAAUGCUUUUGGUGCCAAUAAAUACCAAAAGCCACCAGCAAAAAGCUUUCUUAGCUUCGUCAUUGAAGCACUAAAAGAUACAACAAUAAUCAUUCUUUUGGCAUGUGCUGUACUCUCUCUAGCCUUUGGUAUCAAACAAGAUGGGUGGAGAGAUGGGUGGUACGACGGUGGGAGUAUCAUUGUUGCUGUCGUUUUGGUUGUCGCGGUGUCUGCCGUGAGCAACUUUAAGCAAUCGAGGCAAUUUGACAAGCUUUCAACGAAGAGAAGUGAUAUAAGAGUAGAAGUUGUGAGAGGUGGGAGGCGCUGGCCUAUAUCGAUCUUUGAAGUUGUUGUCGGCGACAUUGUCUGCUUGAAGAUUGGCGAUCAGAUUCCGGCAGAUGGGUUGUUCUUGGAAGGGCAUUCCUUGAAGGUGGAUGAGUCUAGCAUGACUGGUGAAAGCGACCACGUUGAGAUCCAUGAAACAAGAAAUCCCUUUUUGCUCUCCGGCACAAAGAUAACAGAUGGCUGUGGUUUCAUGCUUGUGACUUCUGUGGGCAUGAACACUGUGUGGGGCGAGAUGAUGGGUUCAAUAAACGGUGGCUUGGAUGAGGAGACGCCACUGCAGGCACGCCUGAACAAGCUGGCUUCAUAUAUUGGGAAGGUUGGGCUGGCUGUGGCUGCCCUCGUUCUUGCUGUUAUGCUGAUUCGGUACUUCACAGGAAACACACAAGAUGACAGGGGAAACAGGGAGUUUAAUGGCAGCAAGACAAAGUUUGAUGAUGUCCUGAAUGCAGUGGUGAACAUUGUUGCUGCUGCUGUCACUAUCAUAGUGGUGGCUAUUCCGGAAGGCCUGCCUCUGGCUGUGACUCUAACUCUGGCUUAUUCUAUGAAGCGUAUGAUGGCUGAUAAUGCCAUGGUCAGAAAACUAUCUGCUUGUGAGACAAUGGGCUCGGCUACAACAAUCUGCACAGACAAAACAGGAACCCUUACAUUAAACGAAAUGAAAGUAACAGAGUUUUGGCUUGGAAAGGAAGCAGUGAAGGAUGAAUCUUCUUUGGAUAUGCAAGGUAAUGUUCUCAAACUACUUCAGCAAGCCGUUGGUCUAAACACAACAGGCACAGUUUACAAACCAAAUUCUGCAUCAGUUCCUGAAAUUUCUGGUAGCCCAACAGAGAAAGCAAUACUUUCUUGGGCUUUUUUUAAUUUGGGUAUGAAUAUGGAGGAAGUUCAGAAAAAUCAUGAGAUCAUCCAUGUAGAGGCUUUCAACUCUGUGAAAAAGAGAAGCGGUGUUUUGGUGAAGAGCAACAGUGAGAAUACAACUCGUACUCACUGGAAGGGAGCUGCUGAGAUGAUACUGACCUCCUGUUCAUCUUAUUAUGACAAAGCGGGGAUGCUGAAAGCAAUAGACGCAGAAGAAAGACUGCAGCUUGAGAGUAUUAUUAAGAAUAUGGCAGCAAAAAGCCUCCGAUGCAUUGCCUUUGCAUACAAAGAAAUGGGAGAAGAAAGCCGGCAGGUUCUUGAGAACCUUGAAGAAAACGGACUGAUAUUAUUAGGAUUAGUUGGCAUGAAGGACCCGUGUCGACAGGGUGUCAGAACAGCUGUAGAAUCUUGCAGAGCUGCUGGCGUGAACAUCAAAAUGAUCACCGGUGACAAUGUGAACACUGCAAGAGCUAUAGCUAUUGAAUGCGGGAUUCUCAAUCCUGAUGGGGAUUUGGGUAAUGAAGCUGUUUUAGAAGGGGUACAAUUUAGAAAUUACUCACCGGAAGAGAGAAUGGAAAAGAUCAAUAAAAUCAGUGUAAUGGCCAGGUCAUCCCCUUUUGACAAGCUUCUGAUGGUGCAGUGCUUGAAGCAGAAAGGCCAUGUGGUCGCAGUCACAGGUGAUGGAACCAACGAUGCACCUGCUCUAAAGGAAGCAGACAUUGGGCUUUCCAUGGGGAUUCAAGGAACCGAAGUUGCAAAAGAGAGCUCAGAUAUAGUAAUCUUGGACGAUAAUUUUGAAUCUGUGGUGACAGUGUUGAGGUGGGGGAGGUGUGUGUACAACAACAUUCAAAAGUUCCUUCAAUUUCAACUCACAGUGAAUGUCGCCGCCCUUGUCAUCAACUUUGUUGCAGCUGUUUCCUCUGGUAAGAUUCCAUUGACUGCAGUCCAGCUAUUAUGGGUAAACUUAAUAAUGGACACCUUGGGAGCUUUAGCCUUGGCAACAGAGAAACCCAGUAAUGAUCUCAUGGCAAAGCCGCCUGUUGGCCGAUCAGAGCCACUUAUAACCAGAAUCAUGUGGAGGAAUCUCACUGCUCAGGCUUUGUACCAGAUAACCAUCUUACUGGUUUUACAGUUCAAAGGAAGGUCCAUCUUUGGUGUAGACGAGAAGGUUAACAGCACCCUGAUUUUUAAUACUUUUGUCUUCUGCCAAGUUUUCAACGAAUUUAAUGCCAGGAAGCUGGAGAGGAAGAAUAUAUUUACGGGGUUACUUGAGAACAAGUUGUUUUUAGCAAUCAUUGGAAUUACCAUAGUUCUUCAAUCGGUAAUGGUGGAGAUUCUGAAGAGGUUUGCCAAUACUGAGAGGCUGGACUGGGGGCAAUGGGGUGCUUGCAUUGGACUUGCAGCUUUGUCAUGGCCAAUUGGUUGGCUCGUCAAGUGCAUUCCAGUUUCACCCAAGCUGUUGGCAAACCAAAGAGCUUCUGCAUCCUGA